AUGCCGUUUUGCAUUUGCAUGAAACAAGUAGGGGUGCUGCUAACUGAUAACUAAACGCAUAUUUCUUACCAGAUUCCAAAACGAAAGUGAUAGUCGUGUGUCGCAGAAAAAUUCUAAAACAAUUUUCCUAUAGAAAAUGACGCGUAUCUUUUGUGCCUUUUUGUGGAUAGCAUUUUGCGGAUUGAGUUUCGCAGCUGAGGAUGAUUUUGUGCUGCCACCUAAUGAAUUCAAACCUAUUAAAGAGCUUGCCGCCGAUAUACCGACUUGCAGUCAGAACGAUAACAAUAUUAAUGAGUGCAUCAAACAGGGAUUUCAACAACUAACGCCACGCCUUAAAUAUGGUAUUAGUGAUUUGAAUAUACCACCCAUGGAUCCCUUUCAUCUGGGCAAGAGUUCCUAUAGCUACAAUUCGGGCUUGCUGCAGGGUCGCAUUGCCAUGAGAAAUGUGGAGAUUCAUGGACUGAGCGAGGGCAUUGUCGACAAGGUGACCUAUAGGCAGAAGGACAAACGUGUACGCGUGGAGUUGCUCAGCCAUGUGCCACAGAUGCUGGUGGAGGGUAACUACAAGGCGGAUAUCAAACUGAAUGACAUGAAGCUAACUCCAAAAGGCACCUUCAAUAUUACCCUCACCGAUGUCAGCAUGAAAACGCGCUCCUUGGGAGAACUAUACGAGCGCGACGGUCAUACUUAUAUGCGUCUGACAAAGCUCGAGACUGAGCCCACAGUGGGCGACAUGCAUAUUCAUGCGAAUGGCCUGGUUCCCGAUCCAGUGUUGAAUGAUGUUAUUCUGGACUUUAUCAAUCAGUACUGGCGUCAGCUCUAUCAGGCCAUGUUGCCCGAGACGUUGGCCAUUUGGCAGCCUCUCAUGCUGAAAGUGGGUAAUGACUUCUUUGCUGCCCUGCCCUUUGAUUUAAUUGUUACCAAGAGUUAAGUUUGUCAUGACUGUUUUUAGCAAUUAUACUAAGUGGUUAUUUACUUUACCCAUGGUGUUAAUUUAGUUGGUAUUGAAAUAAAAUGAAAUAAAUAUAUAGAAAUCAACAGAA